GUACACAGACAGACACGUCACUUUGCAAGUCACUUCACAGUCAUGAUGCAAGGUAGCUUUUCAUUCUCCAGGGAGAAGAUUCACUAAGCACCGGACGUUUGAUAAUUUAAAUUUGAAAAUGAUCCGAAUCAACAACACCCAAUACUCCCACUUCCUGCAGCAGGCAGAUGCCUUACGUCGCUCAGGGUCGCUCUGUGAUGCCAUCAUCUCGGUGAAGAGUAAAACUUUUAGGGCUCAUCGGCUGGUACUGGCUUGUGCUAGCAGACGUCUCGCGCAGCAGCUAGCCCAGGCAGACAUAGACAGCCCAGUGCAGUGCACUCUGGAGUAUUUAUCACCCCACACCUUCCAGCAAGUUCUGGACUUCACCUACACACAGACUCUUGAAGUGUCUGUGCAUGACCUCCACCUGCUGCUUAGAGCUGCUCAGUUGUUAGAGAUGCAACUGCUGGAGGACCAGUGCUGGAAGCAGCUGGGCAAUCUCCACUACAGAGCCAGAGAGGACAGCAAAAAGGGAGAAAUCAUAUGCGUCAAAGACGAAGAAGAAGAAAGUGCAGAGAACAAUCAAAAGCAAAAGGAAAGACCAGUUCAAGAGGAAAAACUAAAAGAGACGUCUUCCCCAUUGGAGGAGGCAAGGGACUGCAUUGUCAUGGAAAACCUCUCGCCCUCUGAUCCUGAUAAGAACUCCAACAGUCAGCCGUCCCCAAGAAAGAAGCCCAAACUCCCCCCUGUGUCAGCAACAUCCCAUAACAGAGACCAUGUCUUCACCAGGCCUGCCAGCAGCAGCAGUAGUUCCUCUUUCUCUUCUCCCUGGACAAACAUGUGGAGCUCUGUGAACACCCUAAGGCAGUUAGCGAACUAUUCAAGUUUAAUUGCAUCUCACCCCCUUCAGUCCUCAAACCAGUCCUCUGCAGCAUACCCAUUCUCCCUCUCCACCCCCCACAUGUUCCCUCUUCUAGGAUCUCAUUUUCAAACCCCUAUUCACCGCUCUGUAAUGGGCUACUCAGUCUUUCAUCCAGAUUACACACAAAAGCUUCAUGCCAGGUCUACAGGGAUGAGGAACAUAAUCAAGCAAGGCCUGUUAAAAAGGAAAAACAAAUCACAGAGAGCAUUUACUGGGAUCGUUCAAACCAGCGAGCAGAGUUACCAUGAGGUACCCAAAGCCAGCAGAGAGAGAGUUAAAGACUGCCGACACUGCAGUACAAGCCUCUGUGAUGAUCCAGUGCUGCAGGAGUCAGCCUCCACACUAUCAGGCAAAGCCUGUGCAGGUUGUCGAUUCUGUGGAAGAGGAGAUGUCGUUCAGCAUGAACCACAAUCCAAUCGACCAGACCACAGAGGUGAAAAGCCCUACCAGUGCCAACACUGUCCCAAGAAGUUUAGUCUGAAACAUCAACUUGACACACACAUCCGCGUUCACACUGGAGAGAAACCCUUCGAGUGUCGUCUCUGUGGUCAGCGCUCACGGGACUACUCAGCCAUGAUCAAGCACCUGCGCACUCACGGUGGGGCCACGCCCUACCAGUGUACAGCGUGCCUGGAGUUCUGCAAUAGCCUGGCCGCCAUGCAGAGACACAUCAAGAGCCACGCGGUGCAGGACUUCCCUCCUGACUGGAGCAUCAACAACACCUAUCUGUACAACUCACACAUGUGAGCGUCACAGCACAGACUCCUCUGUCUACAUGAAAAAGUGUCGCUUUAGUAUGUGCCUCUCAUGUAUUCCAAUAGGCUUACAUCUCAGUCACAGAGCGUCCGUUAUUCUGAAAAAUACAUCCCCAAUGAGGUUUAUGAAAACAAGGUCCUUUAGUAACAUUUAACACUCUCAAAGUUAACAAUAUUUGGAUCAACGACAUAUCCGGGAUAGUCCCUGGAUUUUCCUCCAGAUGUCCCUUACCCUCCGCUGUCUUUGUGUUGCCGUACUUAAACUGUUCUCUUCAGGAAACAAUCAGAACCUCUAAUUAGACAAGCUACAAAUGGCACAUUUUGAAGAAAAUUGGGAGGCAAGCCUGCUUGGCUCUUUCAGAGAAUGAUUGUAAACAUUUACAAAUAAUAUGUUAAGGACAUUUACUAUUUAACUGAGACGUUUUGGGACGGACUAGUGGGGAUUUGUUAUGGACAAAACACACUGGCAAGAGCAAAUUAAGUCUAACCGUGUAUCCAUCUAACUUAAAUAGCUCACUGGUCUCAGGUCUGUGUUGUGUGAAUCGUUAACUUCAUUUAACAUUGUAUGUUAAGUUCUCUUUUGCGGGGUGCAAAUGUUCCACCAAAACAAAAUUCCUUCCCGAGACUAUUUUGCAGAGCCACCUUCUCUGCGUCUAGAGCUUAGCGUUGCACAUGACAACUAUGAUUGGUUUAACGAAAUACAAACAACCCACGGUGUAUUUUUCUCAUUUGAGGAGGAGCCGGCCCUUACUCCACAGCCCUGUGGAGACAGAUCUGGCAAUGCGAGACUAUAACAUAUGAAAAGGCACAAACUGGGGCUAUCACAGGUGUUGCAAUAACCUCUUUACAAACUGAAACUGCCCUGUAUUCACAUUCACAACUGUAGAAUAUAGAAAUUUGGGACUAAUUUCCCUUGAUGUCAGAAAAGGUAAUGAAAGUGUUUACCAUUUAAUCAGGCCAUUUACGUGCAUUAAAGCCACAUCAACAGCUUCUCCUCGUGAAAUGACGCAGGCACCUUCCCUCUUACUUUCAUACUUAUUUGAACUUCUUGUGAACAAAAGUCCGCCAAAUUCCAUUCAUAGCAACAUUAAACCAUUUUUUGUAAGACUGUAUUUAUUAAAAAUUCACAAUAAGGGAUGAGGUGGACAAAUAAAAACCUCACUGGACAGCUCAUUACUCUGCUUUGGUUCAUUGAGAAGAGAAUACCAGCUGUUGUAGGAAGCUAUAUCUGUCUAGCUAGUGACAAACUAGUCCAAAGUUUUAAUACUUCCAUUAGUAGAUUUUUGUCAUCGUCAAUGACUGACCUACUUUCCAAUUGGUAUUUAGCAACUGCCAUGCCUCUCUAAAAGCACCACACAAGUUAAAUGACUAUACACGGUAUGUACCCACACAGUCUGAAUUACUUCCAGGCAACUGAAAGCUAUUUGUUGAUACAGCAUUAUCAUAAUGUGUAUGGGAAAUGGAAUAGAUAAAUAUGUGUAACUCUUUUUUCAUGAAUUGGCUUUAAUUGAUCAAUAUGCAAUGUUUUAGACUAAUACAUCAAAUAAACAAGAUUACACAAAAUGG